AUGGACCCAGAAAACGAAGUCGUAAAAUUGCUGCUCCGCGUGGGGCAGAAAAUCAACAAGGGCGCGGAGCAGCUGAAGCCAUUUAUCAAAAUCAUUGUGGAAGACAAUUGGCUUGAUUCUGUGGAGAGUUUGAAGAAUCUAGGGGAAGAUGAAUGGAAUAAGCUAAAAAUACCCAUACGGUUGCUCGACGAAAUUAAGAAAGAGUUGGGAAUUCACAAGGAAGAUGAUAAAAAUACAGAAUAUUGUAAUAAAGAGCUGACAAACCACAUAGGCAAAGUUGGAUCGAGUGAAAAGAGGGCCCCGAGAGAGUUAAAACAUCAAAAUGGUGACGACACGUCCAACUUGAACAGUUUAAAUAAGGAACACAGUUUAAGCAAUUUGCAUAAAAAGCUGAAGAAAGGUGUGAUGGACGAAUGUGCGAAUAGCUACCAAGCAUUUCGCGAAGAUUGUGAAUUGAACAACCAAAGCCCCAGGAUAAUUAGCACAUUAGAUGGUACCAAUGUGGAUGAUAAAAACGUGGGUAAAAGGAAAGGUGGAACAGACAAAAGUGUGAAGGUGGCAGAAAAUGGGGGAGGAACAAAAUGUUCAUUUAUAAAAUAUGAUAAGGAAAAACUAGAGAACAUGAUUGAAAAUAACAUUACACAGAUUGACAAAGAGGACAUUUUUUACUUGUCCUACGAUGAGGAAAAUUAUACCUGCCGUAGCUAUUCGGAGGAGAAAAUCAGUACAAUUAAAAGCAUUAAUGAAACGGAGAAGCUGAAAAAAAUUGACAUGGAUGAUUUAAAAAAUAUCAUUCCAAUUUUGUGCAAAAUUGUAAAAAAUAUUUUAAAUAAUCCAAAUGCUUUAAAUACAAGAAUUUUGAAGUCUAACAAUGAUAUAAUGAAAAAAAAAAUAUUGAUACAUCAAGAGGCCAGAAAUUUUUUACUCUCCAUAGGCUUUGUCGAAGUGCACGUAUUUUACGUGAUGGAGAGAGUAGACACUUUGUUGUUACUCUGCAUUUAUGAGAGUUUGCAACAUAUCGCCAAGGAUUCCAUAAAAAUUGAUAGUCCUCCUAAGGCUGCGUUUGACCCCUUUAAAUCGAACAUUGUCUGUGUGGAUACCCUAAAGAAGGGCAAAAUAAAAAGCGAUGAAGAAAUAGACAAGCUGCUGCGCCAGAAGAAGGAGCAAAUGGAGAAACUGAUGAACCAGGCUGUCGACUUGAAUCCAAAAAUAUAUCGCUUUCAGCCAAAUGCACCUAAAGGUGGAAGGAAUAGUUCGUCAGAUUCGGAAAAGGAAGAGCCAUCAGAAGACUUAGCAUUCCUUAUCCCCAAUAUUAGAAACUUGUACAAAGAACAGACCUUCAAGUCGAAGACCAAACUGCAGUUGGAGAAAAUGUCCACAAGAAAGGUUUAUUCAAAGGCGGUCUUGAAAAUAUUGUUCCCUGAUUCUUAUGUCCUUGAAAUGUCCUUUUCGGCUGGGACCCCAAUACAUGAGGUGAAUGAAAAUAUAAAAAAGUUCCUGAAACCUGCGGUAGCGCCCAAGAAAUGGUUCAUCUAUGAAACUCCGGGGAUAUGUAAAUUUGAUCCUCAGAAAAGGCUGUCCGAUUGCAACCUGAUUCCAUCUGCCCUGGUGAGAUUUAAAGUAGAUCCUGCUCAGCAUGAUGAAGCUCACAAUUCGUUCCUAUCUGAUGAUGCCAUUGCCAAGUAUUUUGUCAAAUCGUGA